AACCACUCCCCUGUUUGGUUGGCUUUCCUCUGCACUGUUGACGAUUGGCAGUAAGGACUUCUUUGCAUCAUAAUUGCACAAACCACAAGCAGCGUUUGAACUUGCAUCAAGACGAAACUCUCAAAACUUAUUUAAAUGUGUAAAGCAGGGUUUCGGAACACUACAGAUCGUGCAUUUCAAAAGAUAACUUUCCUACAUGUACAGUCAUGUUAUGCCUUAAGUCCAGAAAAGGUGAACUUCGGAGAAUUUUUUUUAUCUUGGUUGUGUUUAAUUGGGGGAAACUGUGCCAGCAUUAAACCCCUCUUUCAGAUGUUCCAGUUGGCCUGGUGAGAUUCAAACUCGUGCAGUUAGCAAAAGAUUAAAAGGAAGAAAGCGUUGCUGCUAAUUGCUUUCUGGAGGAGUUCUCCUCCCCCAACAUCCCAGUCCGGUAAAUUUGAAGAGAUGGUGCCUUUUGUAUUAAUUCAGAUGUAAUCGGUGAAUUGAAAAACAGCACUCUGGUCUAUUUUUGACAGAUCGUCUGCAGUUCACACAAGUCCUUAGAAAUAGGUCUUAAGAGUCUGCUGGACAGUAUUAGUUAUAAAAACGACGACCCUUCCCCGCUGCCUCAAAAGUGAUGGGGAGGGUUGGGUUUAGCACAACACUUUGGAUUCGAUUUUAUUUCCUAACCUAAAUCUCAAUACACUUUUUCCAUGCAUGUGCAGGAGGCCUAGAGAAAAAAAAAAGUAGAGGUGAAAUUGAUAAGGAUUAAAUAUUGUUUUUUCCUCGAGGUUGUUUAUAUAACAGAAACUGUGUGUAUAUUUUUAACUUGCGUUGGUUUGUCUGGAUUUUCUAUCCUUUAAUUUUUCAGACCACUUCUCUCUAAUAGCCUGGUCUUAUGAGUCGCUGAGUCAGCGCAGCGACCUGUAGGAUUAGUUUUAAGUGUUCCAGCACUGAUCUGGUUGGGAGGGCGGAUGCAUUGCCCACUUAGGUGGAAACCUUAUCCUUAAUUUCCCACAGCCCCUGCAUACUGCACUUUCCCACCCAAGAGGUUUUCUCACCCAUGGCAGGGAAGGGGCUCAGGGACUUUUCACUGGUAAGGUGGGCAGAAUCUGACUUUCACUUUUUAAGAUGCUGCUUUAAUUGCCACAGCGCAAACCUCCGUUCCUUAGGGUCAGACUGCUGUCGCUGGCCUCUUUCAUCUUCCUGGAAGAAGGUUCUGUGGAAAUGGAUAGGACUCAGUUUCAAGGAAAUGCGUGUUAACAUCAAGGUGUGAGAACUUAAUAUCUGCAGCCAAGGGUUUUAGUUUUAGAGGUGGAGCUUGUCCAGAAUCCCAUCCAACAAAACCAAAUUGCAUGGGGGACAAAGCAAAGAUCCACUUGGCAGGAGAUCGAUGGCAAUCCCUGGCAGGGGACCAGAAGGAACAACGGGAAAUUCAAAGAAGUUAGAGUGACUCAGCCUUCUCCCAGGUGGGGGGGCGGGGCCAGGGGGGACACUUAGGCGGCAAAACUCUGGCAAAAACUAAAGCUAUUUUUGGAUGGUGUUCGGUAUCAGUACUCCCAACUGGCACAACUGGUGGGAAAACCCAUAGUGGAUUGGAUAGGUUCCUUUGGGGGACUUGAGGAGAGGAAAUACUUGUGUCUCUGCCUCCUGGCCCAAUGGUCACACCAAUACAUACCAAAAGCUAAAAUGAGCUAUUGGAGAGUUUGUGCUUCCACUGGUAACUUCGUGUACCUUCCUGGGAAGCCCGCUUGCCAUUCUAAACAUUCACUAAUAUUUCCUAUACCAGCUGUUGUGUUUAGGGUGGAAUGAGAUUCUGCAGGUCUUCCUUUAAACAAUCUCAGGCAAUACUCCAUGAACGGAAUUCUAGGUAUUUUGUUCAUUCUCAGCUUUGGAGUUCUACCUUUUGUCUUGGCCUUCUUCCUUGGACUGUUAGACAGUGAUUUGCUUUAUCACAGCAACCAACAAAAUAGAUGGUAACUGUAUUUUCAAUUUGAUCACUAAAUAGUCCUUUGUACUGCAACAUACACAAUUAUCCCUAGCAUGCAGAGCUAACCAGCUGAUAUUUUAUAGCUGUGUGUGUGUGUGAGUGUGUGUACAUACGUAUCUGUAUAUCUGUCUUUUAUAAUAUGAAACUGAUCAAAUUGGCACCAGUCAGAUUGCAAACUGAACAGAACUGCUGGUAGAAUUUAUUAAAAGAAAAAUCAUAGCGUCGGCUACUUCAAGCCCCGUACAAAGUACCAUUUUCUCCACGCUGAAUGCUCUAGUCUUAUUUGGCUCACAAGAUGUGAAAGAUGUUGCAGAAGGCUGGAUAGUCCCAUGCCCUUGACUUCUCUGUCCCACAAAUCUCGGUGUCGUUCAGAGUGUAAUGCCAGUAUGAGUAUAAUGUGCUGACAUUAGGUAUUAGACUUUUGAUAUAAUAAAUAAACUCAUGUAGACUGUCAGUGGAUGAAAAGCUAAAUUUCUUCAGCAAGCUAAACAUUGAAAAUGUGGAGUCCGUUAUUGUGUUAUUUGAAGUGGGGGGGGGGGGGUGUAGAAAAUGUAAAAUGGAGCAUUUUUAUUUCCGUGGUCAUAGCCUUGUGUAGGUAACGUGACUGAACUGUUGACAACUACAAAAUCCUGAUUGUGAGAUGCGAAUUGUUGGUUCAAACACUGCCGCACAGUUUCAUAGUACACAAGCCUAUGGCUGGAGUGAAGAUAAAGAGACGGUUUUGUUACCUCGGGGCAGUCUGCCAGGCUUCACAUCCCUUUCUUAGAGGUCCAAAUGUUCUCAUUCCUCCAGAUGACCAAGAUCCAAAGACCCCGCACGACAAGUGGCAUGCUCUCCAAGGGUUGUGUUUCUGAAACGCCAGCCUUCUGUGCUUCAUGGUGGGCCGUUUUCAAAAUAGAGAACGCAUCUCUAUAACCAGUUUGUGUAAUAUGGAAUUUGCAGAGGCAGGAGAUACUGUACAAAUGAACAACUUGCUUAGAAAACCACUUUGGCAGACCUGAAGGAACUCUUUGGAACUCUUUUCAGAAGCUUUCUCUGCGCUUGUGUAACAUCAGGCUGCGGCCAGCAUGCAGUUUUGUAGCUUUGGGAGUGGGGGGUCCAUUUGACGAGGUGCCCUGAGGCCCCAUUUGAACAUGAAGCUGGUCAGACCAGUGUUUCCCCAUGAGACUUUGCACCAGUCACACUAUUCAGAUUCUUCAGGUUUACCGAAAUACAUCGACAACAGUGGCAUAUUUUCCGAUCAUUGUUACAGCGUCUGUUCUAUGAAACAGUUAGACUUGAAAUCUUCUGAUAAUCGAGGUAGAUUUCAUACUGCAGUACACAGCACAGAUACCGAUGAGGAUGGCAGCCCAGUGCAUGCUGGGACAUCUCAGUGGAGUGGGGCCCAGUCUAAUGUCACCGGGCCACACUUUGUGGACUCUAAAAAGAAAGAUAAACCAGCUAAUAAUGGCAUUUAUAAAGACACCUGUGAGUCACCUAUUUUCAGUGACACCUUAACUGAAGAAGAAAAACCUCUGGAUAUUCAGACAGUGGAGAUUUCCACUACAGAGGUCCAGGCUGUGGAAGUUCAUGACAUAGAAACUCAGACAGUUUCCCCCGAAAAGCUGGAGGCAGAGGAGGCUGAGGAGAUCCCAUUGGAAAGCUGCAAGGCACUGGGGAAGAACCCCCCUUCGAACGUCACCAUUCAGCCCAAAUGGCCUUUGCUGAGGGCCAACAGCAGCGGCUUGUACAAGUGCGAACGCUGCACAUUCAACAGCAAGUAUUUCUCUGAUUUAAAGCAGCACAUUGUCCUGAAGCACAAGACGUGCCUCGAGGGCAACAUCUGCCGGGUGUGCAAGGAGAGCUUCUCCUCUAAAAAGGUGCUCAUUGAACACUUAAAAAUCCACGAGGAAGACCCCUACAUCUGCAAGUACUGUGAUUAUAAGACGGUGAUGUUUGAGAACCUGAGCCAGCACAUCGCGGACACGCACUUCAGCGACCACCUUUACUGGUGCGAGCAGUGCGACGUCCAGUUCUCCUCCAGCAGCGAGCUGUACCUCCAUUUCCAGGAACACAGCUGCGACGAGCAGUACCUGUGCCAGUUCUGCGAGCACGAAACGAGCGACCCGGAGGACCUGCACAGCCACGUGGUGAACGAGCACGCCGGCCGGCUGAUCGAGCUGAGCGACAGCUACCACAGCAGGCAGCCGCCGGGGCAGUACAGCCUGGUCAACAAAAUCAGUUUCGACAAGUGCAGGAACUUCUUUGUGUGCCAAGUGUGCGGCUUCCGGAGCAGGCUUCACACCAACGUCAACCGACACGUGGCGAUCGAGCACACCAAAAUAUUCCCCCACGUUUGUGACGACUGCGGGAAGGGCUUUUCGGGUAUGCUGGAAUAUUGCAAACACUUGAACACUCACGUGUCUGAAGGGAUUUAUCUGUGUCAAUAUUGUGAAUAUUCCACCGGGCAGCUCGGAGACCUCAAGACUCACCUGGACUUCAGGCAUUCCUCUGAGCUGCCUCACAAAUGCACGGAUUGCUUGAUGAGGUUUGGCAGUGAAAAAGAGCUCUUGAGUCACCUGCAGGUGCAUGAAAGUCCUUGAUCGGUUUUGUUGGUUGUUGUUUUUUCCCCCUCCUAGCCCAGAACAUUAGAAUCACAACGUAAUUUCCAUGUGCUACGUGAAGACCAAGCCGCAAAAACAUUUCUCCGCUCCGCCCUCUUCCAGAUCCCUUGUUUCAGUAGCCACUGGAGGAGUCGUGUUAGGCGUAGCCGCAACUGUGAUGUGGAUCUGACCGCAGUGGAAUCCUGCCUUAGUGGACACGUCAGCGUUAUUGGGUCUGGAACUCGGAUACCUUGUUGUCCUUUUAAACGUGUAUUUGAUGAUGUAUUUGAUGAUUCACACAAUACUCACAACCAGAAAGAAUGUUUCAGAAGAGAGUUAAACUGUAUUUGAACACAGACGGCAACUUCUGAGAACCUUUUUCAGUGUAUUUUGUUCUGGUUUUCGUUGCCCUGGUGAGGCAGGCAUUGCUAUCACGGGAUAGUGUGAGCAGGCUACAGAGAAGUCAGCUGACAUUUUUUCAAGCUUACACACAUACGACACACAAACCUGCACAAGCACGUCUUUUCACUUAUGCCUCUUUGCUUACAGGUUGUUCGUGAGGCAUUCUGUACAUUUAUAAUAAUAACUGAAGUGCAAUAAGUAGUCAUCUAUGUGUUUUGUCUCUUUUUUCUGUACUGGCUGGCUGCAGUGUUUGCUGAGCUCAGUAGAAAUACAUGCACACAUCUGACUAUUCAAUCCUGGGGUGGGUGGAUUGUGCAUGUCACUGUUGACUGUGUAAUAAUGGCAUGUAUCGUUGGCAUCUUAAGGCACAAAUAGCAUAAAGUCUUUUUGUACGUGUGAAGGGAAAUAAAUACACAGAAACUUGUACGUGUCCAUAUUAGUUUCAGGUAGUGAGGGGAGCCUUGAUUCUCAGAAGCUUCUGCCUAGAAGCCUUGUUGAUCUUUCAAGCGCUCCUGAAAUCCAGCUGUGUCCUCAAGUGCUCCUCAAAUCCAGCUGUGUCCACAUCAAUAUCGUUAUGCACACCCUAUCAAAUUAGGCGUUUUGUCUGGUACAACUUGAAUAGAACUAAGGGCUGAUAUACUCCACUUCCAAGGGAUACCAUGCAAAAAAUGUUGGGCAUAAACUUUGACAUAUAUUCAAAAUUUGUCAUUUCAGCUUUAAAAUUUUCAAGAGCAUGGAGGGAAUGUUUAGAUUUCGGUGGAGCAGAAUCUGCUCAUCUAAAUAUUUGCAUUUGAUAUCCGUGUCUGAGUGGCAGGCUCCCAAUUUCAAAGAUUAGACGUGGUGAACAUUUUCCUGGGAGUAAGCCCCGCUGAAUAUACCUGAGUAGUAUUCUGAAUAGACCUGCUUAGGAUUGCUUUCCAAGAGCUGCAGCUUGACAGCUGAAAUCUAUGCAUGCUCAUCAACCUCAUAUGGGUAUCAGUAAAUCUGACAAUUGGCUUCUUUCUAAGCUUGGCCCUUGGAAGGGUUAUGCUGCUUUGUUCCUAUAAUGCUGCCGUCCCUUCCAGUGAUUGGAGUAGCUGCACGGACGUAUCCACCUGAUGCACAUUUUUCUUCCUCCAGGUGACGAGGUACCUGCUUUACUCUUGGUUAUAGACAUUGGGAUAUUAAAUCGUUGCCUGUAGAAAUAUUCAACAAUGUUGCUAAUUAAAUCUUAGAACCUAAUGGAUGAAUAAUAUUUUGUCAGUAAAAAUAAACUGUGUUGAAUAUUUAAAA